AUGUCUGAACGAGAGCAAAGCGUGACUGUGUCGUCACCUCGCCUGCGUGUCUUUCAUGAACUAAGAUACCGAAUUUUUAUGGUGUAUCGCAGACUGUUCUCUCUGGUCUGGCUUACGAACAUCGCAAUCCUGAUUGUCGUCUUAUCUAUUCCUUCCACCGACCGGAAAUGGCUAACUACCAUUGCACUUAUCAAUUUGUCAAUCGCAAUCCUCAUUCGCCAAGACUUCGUUAUUAAUCUUAUAUACACAACCUGCUGUUCUAUUCCUCUAUCCUGGCCACUGGCAGUCAGACGUCGAAUGGCUCAAGUGUAUCAUCUAGGAGGAAUUCAUUCAGGUUGUGCAACAGCAGCUGUGCUCUGGUUUGCAGGCUCUUUUGGCUACAGCUUGGGCGUCAAGCUGUCUGACCCCCGGCAAUAUCACAUUUCAAGUGCAACAAUAUGUCUUUCGGCAAUUGUGCUGUUCAUGCUUCUAGCAAUGACAGUUUCUGCCCACCCGAUGAUACGGAAGAAAUAUCAUAAUGCAUUUGAGGCAAUCCACCGCUUGCUCGGCUGGACCUUACUGGUUCUUGUGUGGGUCCAGGUGAUGCUUUCUUUGGAAGACCACAAGGCUUCCCAGCAAUCGCUAGGAUAUACUGCUGUUCGCUCUCCGGAUAUGUGGCUUCUCAUUAUAAUCACAACAAGCAUCGCUACCUCAUGGGUAUUUCUGAAACGAGUACCCGUGGAAACCGAAGUUCUCUCCCAACACGCAAUUCGAUUGCAUUUUCAAUAUACAAAUGCUGUUCGUGGAGGCUUUCUCAGGGUAUCCGAACGGCCCUUGCUAGAAUGGCAUUCUUUCGCUACGAUACCAGUUACGAACAACGAUGAGAAGUGCGUGAAAGGCUGCUCGGUGAUAGUAUCACGGGCAGGCGACUGGACCAGUCGCCAAAUUAGCAAGCCCCCUACAAGGCUUUGGGUUCGAGGAGUUCCUACUAUGGGUGUAAUGCGCGUCGCUUCAUUGUUCCGAAGCGUGGUUUUGAUCGGAACAGGAUCGGGAAUCGGUCCACUCCUAGGCCAUAUACCCUCUUGCCGACUACGGCUAAUCUGGUCGACACCACACCCAGAACAGACGUUCGGUAAUGGGAUCGUAGAAUCUGUCUAUGAAGCAGAUCCUGAUGCAUUGAUCUGGGAUACAAGAAAAAAUGGCCGGCCAAAUUUGGUCGAGCUUGCUUGUGAAGAGAUAGAGAAAAUUGAGGCGGAAGCUGUGGUGAUUAUCUCGAAUGAAACUGUGACGCGGCUAGUGGUUGGAGAGCUGGAGAGAAAAGGUGUUCAUGCCUUUGGGGCCGUAUGGGAUAGCUAA